AUGGCGGCGUCGGAGAGGCAGUGCCACUACGAGGUUUUAGGUCUCCCCCGCGACUGCUCCGCCGACGAGAUCCGGUCGGCUUACAGGAAGCUCGCUCUCCAGCGCCACCGGGACAAGCUAGUCCAGUCCGGCUUGUCCCAGUCCGAAGCCACAGCGCAGUUCCAGGAGCUGGCCCAUGCCUACGAGGUUCUCUCCGACCCUAAAGAGCGAGCUUGGUACGACUCUCACCGCUCCCAAAUCCUCUUCUCCGAUCGCAGAUAGGCCGCGUCGAGCUCCGGCUCGGGCAUCCCCGAUCUCUUCUCAUUCUUCUCCACAACCGUCUUCUCCGGCUACUCCGACUCCGGCCGUGGGUUUUAUGAGGUAUAUUCUGAUGUCUUCAACAAAAUCUACGCCAACGAGCUCAAUUUUGCUAGGAAAUUAGGGUUAGGGUUGGACACCGUGCCUGAAGCUCCGGCGAUGGGGAAUUUAGAGAGUCCGUACGUGCAGGUCACCGCGUUUUAUAACGGGUUUUGUACGGUGAUGGAUUUUUGCUGGGAGGACAAGUAUGACGUGAUGGCCGGUCCAAACCGGAAGGCGAGGAGGUUGAUGGAGGAGGAGAACAAGAAGGAGAGGAAGAAGGCGAAGAGAGAGUUCAACGAGACGGUGCGGGGGUUGGCGGAUUUUGUGAAGAAGAGGGACAAGAGGGUGAUUGAUAUGAUGCUGAAGAAGGAGGAGGAGAGGGUGAGGAAGAGGGAGGAGGAGAGAGAGAGGAAGAAGAAGUUGGAGAAGGAGAAAUUGGAGAGGGCUAUGGCGUAUGAGGAGCCGGAGGGGGCGAAAGUGGAGGAGGAGGAAUUGUGUUGUGUAGUGUGUGGGAAGAAGUUUAAGAGUGAGAAGCAGUGGAAGAAUCACGAGCAGUCGAAGAAGCAUCGAGAUAAGGUUGCAGAGUAUCGGGAGUCGAUUGGAGAAGAAGAUCUUGAACUUGAUGAUGAAGAGAUUUUGGAGGAAGAGGGUGAAGAAAGGGGUGAGCUUGACGAUGUUGAUGAAUUAGGUCAGGAGAUUAGAGAGGGGUUGAAGAUUGGGGAGGAGGAAGAUGGGGCAGGAGUGAGUGAUCAGGAGGAUGAGUUGCAUGAAUUUGGUGCUGAAAAUGGGAGCGAAAAGGUUGACGAGGCACUUGAGUUGGAUGGUGAUGAAGAUGAAUUGGGUGUUCUUGAAGCAUUGGUGAAUGGGCGAAAGAGUAAGAAAAAUGCAGCCUUUUGGGUCGAGCGUGAGGAUAUCUUGGUGACAGAUAUUCGUGCGGAGAAGGAUGACGAUGACACGGGGUUCAUGGAAUAUAAUAACCGGAAGAGCGCAGGAAGGUAAGGAGGCACGAGGAAAGAGAGGGGUAAGAAGAGUGGUUGUGAAGCUAAUAAUGUUGAUAAAAGUGGAAACAACGGUGGUCAGAGUGACGAGAGUUAUGAACAAGAUAAUUCAAAUAUGAAGGAAUCCACAUCUCAUUCCGUUGUGGAAAAUGAGAGUAAUGAACAGUUAGCACGAAAGAAGAAGAGCUCAAGCAAAGCCGUCGAUAAGAAAGAGAAAGCGAAGAAAGAGGCGAACGACAAAUUAAAGAACUCAUCUAAUGGGAAGAAAUCUAAGGGAGCAUUGAAGAAUACUAGCAACGCAUGUGAUACAUUUGGAGAGGAGUUCGAAUCAAGAAACAAGUUACAUAUGCAUUUGGGUGACACCGGCCAUGCAAAGCUGAAAUAUCGAUGAGGGAACAGUUGCUGAAUAUUAACAUGAUGUGAUUAAAUUAUCAGCCAUAGAAAGAACAUGGCGACAUUGGUUGGCGGCGAUUCAUUCAUUUUUAUAAGUUACAGAAAUAGUCAAAGAUCUCUGUAGGAAGCAUUCCAUUAUUUUUGGUGAUCAGAUAGAAGUACAACAACCCUCUUUUAUCAUAAACGGUACACGGCUGGCUGGAUGCAAUGCGGAACGCAUGGACGGUCGACUGAAGGUGCACAGAGAAAGUUCGGCCCUUGUAUAUGUGGAAAUGAAAUUCCUUGCAGAAAACGGGAUGACCUUCACAAGGGGUGGCUUAUACGAAAACUUUUUCCCAGUUCGUCAAGUGUCGCGAGCAUGAUGUCAUGUAAUUUGGUAGUGUUCUAGAUGUUUUGAUGUAAUAUGGAUACGCAUACAGAGUUGGUAAAAGGAUUUAGUGAUGUGUUUGUUGAA